UAUGAAAAUGAAAGUCAUCAGAAUAGAAGCGAGUCAACGGAAUUCACAGGACAAAAGCGCAAACAGGAAUCUCUGCAUAGGGUCUCAAGAUCUGGCUUCUCUUCCGACCCUGAUGGGAAAGUUCAAGAUUCCAAUGCCCGUUCAAAACUCUGUGAAGAAAAUAUCUCAGGAAGUCCUCUGGGACACGUGAGGAAUGGCAAAGCAGCCGGCACAGUCUCGGAUGGCCCCAAAGAUCACGCUGCUAGAAAAACAAUUAAUGCUCUUCGUUCCUCAGAACUUCCUAGAGAGAACUACAGAAAUGCAAUGGAUCCUACAGCCGGGGAUUUUAAGGAAGAUUCCAGCAUACCCUUAGUGAGUUGUCAUGGAGAACUGAAGUCUUUCCCCUCUACAUGGCAUCCUGAGAACAGUGAAAACCAUGAGUCUCCCUUUAGGAAGCUUUACGAGUCCAUGAAAGAAGAGUUUGAUGUGAAAUCAGAAAAAGGAAAUGUUCUACAGAGCGGUAAAAAAUCGGGGUCACGGAGUCGUCGUGCAUCAGAGAACGGAUGUUCUGGUGGGUUACAAGACGGGACACAAGUCCUGGUCUCACUGAAAUCCAGACCCAGGUCCGGUCGAUUCACCCCAAUGAAGGCCGACCCUGCUUUGGGAGAACAAGGAACUAGCCAGACUGAGGGCAGGAGAAAGGAUGAGGAAGCUCUUCAGACUCCCAAGGAGACCAUGGGUCCCAGCAUCCCUCCUAAGGAGAUGACAAGAACCAGGACCAUGGUCCAACAUUCCCCACACAAUGCCUCACGAAAACGUCGGAGCGAAGACAUGCAUGUUCCCAGCGGAAGUGAGUCCGUGGAUCUGGAUCAAAGGGAAGGCUUCGGGACAGAUUACAAAACAUUUCCUCCUCGGAAUUUCUUAACCAGAAAUCAGACACCCACUAGAGUCGAAAAUGCUGAUAAUUUUGGAGCUACACCAGAAAAAUGCUUCUCCAAAAAGAAGGGGAGUGUUCCUACCAGUGUGGACAUUCUUACCACAGAACUGGAAACUCAGAAUCACACUGUUUUAGCUCCAUUGCCCGUUCAAGUUGAAAGGAAGAUUCAAAGCAUUUCCGUGCACCAGCCUGAGAAAGUGGGCACCAUAGCCGGGCCCUCGAGCUCUGGGUUCCCUGGUUGUAGUUCAGUUGACAGCAACAACUUUGGUGACUCCAUCAAUAAGAUUGAGGGAACACCCCUAAAAAGAAGGCGGGUCUCCUUUGGUGGUCGUCUGAAGCCGGAGUUAUUUGAUGAGAACUUACCUCCUAAUACACCUCUUAAGAGAGGAGAAACACCGAGAAGGUCUCUCGCCAGCCACACUCCACCUGUCCUGAAGAAAAUCAUCAAGGAAUACCCUCAACCACCAAGAAAAGAAGAUUCUUCAGAAAUCCGUUUGGAAGUGACUGCACAAGACCAGUGUAAAGGAUCUCCAGCUCGGAAUCUGACGCAAACUUCUCCAGUUGCAAAUGACACCCACCGCAGGUCAUGCAAGGUGUCCUCAGUCUCCAGUGGCACCAAAUCUCAUCACACAGACAUUCCCAAGAGGGGAGGGAGGAAGAGCGGCACCUUGCCUUCAAAGAGAACUUCCAUCGAUCGAAGCCAACAUGAGAUCUUGCAGAGGAUUUAUUCCAAAAGAAGGAGUGGUGCUUCUGAAGCCAAUUUAAUCGUGGCAAAAUCGUGGGCAGAUGUCGUAAAACUCGGAGCCAAACAAACACAAGCUAAAGUGGUUAAACACGGCCCCCAAAGGCAGUUGAGCAAAAGGCAGAGGAGAAUGAAUACUCCAAAGAAGCCUGUUAGCGAUGUUCACAAUCAAUUUAGCACAGGCCAUGCCAAUUCUCCUUGUACCAUUAUAAUAGGGAAAGCUCACAUUGAGAAAGUAAACGUGCCCGCUCGGCCCUACAGAAUGCUCAACAGCUUUGUAUUCAACAAAAAAAUGGACUUUAAUGAAGAUCUUUCAGGGUUAACUGAAAUGUUCAAGACUCCGGCGAAAGUGAAGCCACAAAUAAUGAGCCCAUGUCCCAACGCUUUUUCAAAUUCAGAGGAUUUCCUCGGAAAAAAGUUUCAAGUACCUAAUUCAGGAGAAAAACCUCUGCUGUGCACUUCAGAAAAUUUUGGAGAGAAUGAAUUCCCCGUGACUCAGAAUGCUCCACAAGAGCCAUCCGAUCAAAGUCCUGCCAGCCCUGCCCUCAGACGACCAGCUAUUAGAGUAAAUGCAAACAUCGAGAAAACUCCAGGAUCGGAGGCAGAGCUUCCGAAGGCGGCGUUAAGCGCAAACAGGUUCCGAAGGUCCUCAGAGCUCAGAAAUACACAGAUGCCAGGUCCAGGGCACAGGGACGAAGAAGCAAACACAGACCCUGCUGAGAACACUUCAGGGCGACAUCUGAGGAAAACUCCACAGCGAGGACAGAAACCUGAGGGAGCGACAGAGGAACGGGAGAGCUGUUUUGUAGCAUGUGAGAAAGCUAUCAAAUCAGAAGACAGUUCUGAAAACAUGGUAGCUGUGAGGAGAUCAAGAAGAUAUUCAGAGCAAAAAUGGGAACCAAUAGCAGAUCUGAGCACCCUCAAGAGACAGCAGGACACAGAACCCAAGGAAGAUCUGGGGGGCAUCCAAGGUCUCCCCCAAGCCCCCACUCAAGCCCAGGAACCAAUGGAUGUGGGAAACAAAACUGCAGAAAAGUGCCAGAAAUCUUUAAAGCCAGAACUAGUUGGCAUGCCAAACAGGAUGAAUGUACAACUCAAGACCUCUCCCCAGAAAGCGGACCUAGACAAAGAGCCCUCAACUCUCAGGAAGUCCACCCGAAUGUCGGGGGGAAGCAUCCCCUCACAUGGAGAACCAGGAGAAGGUGAUGAAGACAUCAUAUUGUUGAACAGAACUCCAAAGCAGACACUGGACUCUGCAGAAAAUGUAACCGGAAGCAAGAGGCAGUCAAGAACGCCCAAGAGAAAUGCCCAAUCCUUAGAAGACCUGGCUGGCCUCAGAGAGCUCUUCCAAACACCAAACCACACAAAUAAACCAAGGACUGAUGGCAAAACCACCAAAUUCCCCUGCAAAUCUCCACUAGUGGAACGAGUCAAUACACCAACAAGUAGAAAGAGGCAGCUUGAGACCCCUCUCCAGAAAGUGGACAUAGAGGAAGAGCCAUCAGCUCUCAGGAA